AUGCGAGCUAUGUUUUUCGUCGGCAAGACCGUUCAGGGUAUUUCCAUCGGCAUCCUCAAGGUUACCGCCAUGACCUACAUAUCUGAGACGGCGCCAACUGCUCUGCGCGGCUCAGCAAUGGGGCAAGUACCGACGGGUAACCUCGUUGGCCAGCUUCUUGGCUCAAUCGUUGUAUACGUCGUCAACGACGUGCCGACUAAGGCUGCUUACCUUGCCUCCUUCGGCUCUCAGUGGAUCCUCGCGGUCACACCUUUCAUCCUCUCCCUCAUCAUCCCAGAAAGCCCGGCAUACCUGGAAGAGCGCGGCGAGUCGGACAGAGCGGCUGAGGCCUCACGAAAACUGUAUGCGCCUCGCGUCGAUGCGUUGAAGGUCCUAGAGAGAGUUCACGCUAGCAUCGCCGAGGAGAAGGAGAUGACUGCUGGAGCCAACUACGUCACUUGCUUCGAAGGCACUAACCGCCGGAGAACAAUGAUCGUCGUCAUGGCCAAUCUCUUGCCAGCCUUGUUCGGUCUUGACCUCAUCUCCAAGUCAAGUUAUUUCUUGCAGACCAUUGGCAUGAAGUCCAGCACCAGUCUCAUGAUUCUCAUCGGUGGCAUUGUGGCUGGUACUUUUGCCAACGGUCUUGGCCUCUGGAUUCUGUCCCGCGUUGGCCGAAGAAAGGUGACCCUGGUUUCUUUGUCUAUCUCAACCAUUCUAUGGGUCGUUGUUGGUAUUUCGGGCAUCUGGCAAGGCCCAGCAGUCGCAUACAUCACGGCAGGAGGAUGCAUCCUCAUCAUUGUCGUCUGUGGCAUGAGUGUGUGGCCAGCAUCGUACGCCAUCAUGGGUGAGACGGGUUCCUUGAGAUUGCGAGCGAAGACACAAGGAAUUGGUGGUAUAGCACAGCAAGGUUCAUCAGUAGUGAUGAACUUCGUGCUUCCCUACGCCUACAACCCUGACGCUGGUCAGCUAGGUGCCAAGACAGGUUUCAUAUAUGUCCUCUUGUGUGCCCUAGGAGUAGCGCUCUGCUGGUUUUUUUUUGCCUGA